GGUGCUCUGCGCUCCCCCGCCCUCCUUCCGGGAGCGAGGAUGCAGACUCUAGAACUGGUGCUGCUGGGCUGAGGCGGAGGCAGGGGAUUUGCAACGCGCGCGGCUCUGCUAGUGUGUCUCCUGCGAGCGGAGAGGCGGGGGGGAGGCGGAGGACCGGGAGGCGGAGGAGGAGGAGGGGGAGAAUGCCUGGAGCUGCCACCGCCGCCGCCGCGAUGCUCCCGGCUCAGGAGGCUGCCAAGCUAUACCACACCAACUAUGUGCGGAACUCGCGGGCCAUCGGCGUGCUGUGGGCCAUCUUCACCAUCUGCUUUGCCAUCGUCAACGUGGUGUGCUUCAUCCAGCCCUACUGGAUCGGCGACGGCGUGGACACCCCGCAAGCCGGCUAUUUCGGGCUCUUCCACUACUGCAUCGGCAACGGCUUCUCCCGGGAGCUGACCUGCAGGGGCAGCUUCACGGACUUCUCCACGCUGCCCUCGGGCGCCUUCAAAGCCGCCUCCUUCUUCAUCGGCCUCUCCAUGAUGCUCAUCAUCGCCUGCAUCGUUUGCUUUACCCUCUUCUUCUUCUGCAACACAGCCACCGUGUACAAGAUCUGUGCUUGGAUGCAGCUCACCUCCGCUGCCUGUCUUGUGCUUGGCUGUAUGAUUUUCCCUGAUGGCUGGGAUUCAGAUGAAGUAAAACGGAUGUGUGGAGAAAAGACAGACAAGUACACUCUUGGGGCCUGCUCUGUCCGCUGGGCGUAUAUCCUGGCUAUCAUUGGAAUAUUGGAUGCCCUGAUCCUCUCAUUUCUCGCAUUUGUGCUUGGGAACCGACAAGACAGCUUGAUGGCGGAGGAACUGAAGGCAGAAAACAAAGAUGAUGGAAAUGCUUAAGGCAGACUAAGGUAGUGUGAGACCACACCAUUUCUGCUAAGCCAAUAUUCUCUAGAAUGAGCACAAAACAAGUCAAAUAACAGCUAAACAAACAGCUUUGUACAUCAACAUCAAGAAGGAAGACACUUGGGAGAGAUCAGAGUCCAGAGACGAAUAUGCACAAAAGUGAAACAUCCACUCGUCAAAGCACCUUCUGAUUCUAGAUCUGCAGAGCUGCAAGUGAUUUUCUGGAAGGAGCUAUGAUCACGGAUUAAACACCAGCUCAUUGGAAACUGUCAUUAAAUAAGAUCAGAUAGCAUUCAUUAAAAUCAUAUUCAGGAAAUAGUUUAAGAAAGAAGAAUACAAACGUGCUAGAAUUAAUGUGUAAAAUAUAUAUGUACUGAGGUUUAUAAACUGUCCUUUUUAAAUCAAACCGAAAACAAAAAAAGCUUUAAUCUUUCAAUAAUAUUAAAAGAAACAAAGGGGCAGUUAGUUCUAGAUUAUUCCUGUCUCAGUAGCCAAGAGGCUGAUCAAAUGUCAUUUAUUGAGAAUUGCCUCUGAUCCUUGGUUCCUCAUCGCUACUGUCCACUCAUUUCACUGUGCAAUUAAUUACACCACUUGGUUAUUAAGAGUGUAACCCUUCAACCUUCUUACCAAGUGUGUGUUCAAUUUAAUCUGUCUGUACGAGUUGUCACCAAGGAAAUGUUUCUGCCAUGUGCUACCACUCCAUCAAAACUGUGAAUCAUAGGAAGUACACCAUUACAUCAUAGGUUCCCAAACAACAUAGAUUUCCCUGUCAUUGAUGAAACAUCAUCAAGGAACUCUGAACAAUAUAGAAAGUUUAUUUUCACUUGAAUGCUCUCUCAUGUAAUAGACUGCUGUCAAAUAAACACUUUUUCUAAUCCCCCCUAGUAUAUGCAUAGGAAUUUAAUAUACUUUAUAAAUAGAUAUCUAAAAUAUGAGUUUUCUAUUUCUUCAUUCCAUAUGUCAUUAGAAAUCCAUAUCCUUUAUUUCCUUUACUGACAUAUACUCAUUUUUGUUUUGAUAAAAGAAAUUAUUCCAUUAAAUCUACUUCUAAAUGGUAGUAAGUGGUACUAACAAAAUAAAUAAAAACUUUAUAGCCUUAGAAGAAAAUAACUAUAUACUUAUACAUGUCAAAGGAACUUGAUAGGAAUAAAUCACCUUUUGUUUAUUAAUGAUUUUGAAAAUUCUCAUAUCUUGUUUUUUCCUUUUGGUUAGCCAAUACUUGGUAGUAGUUACAACUAACCAGCUGUCUUUAAAGGAUCUUUUCCUCCCAGGAUCCCCUAACCAUUGCCCUCAUAACAUCUCUUGCCUAAAUCCAACAACAGAGAAACAUUUAAUAUUGAAGUAAUCCAUUGUCUAAGGAUAAACACAAGCUGAAGUGCACAUGUAGGGGGCUCAGUGGAAGCCGGCCCAUACUAUAUACCUGAGCAGAAAACACACAUAUAGAAUGUCUUCACUCACAGGCUCAGAAUAGGGUUGAAUUAGCAUCUGUCACUAGAUCAUCAGCUGGAGCAUAACAAACAAUCAGGGUUGCCUUCUCCUGUGCUUGCACAAGGCCACAUUCAUAUUUUUAGCCAUGUUUUCACCGUGAACCAAAUGUUUCAAAUGGCUAAAAGUAUAUUACAGGUACACUCAAGUGCUCAAGUAAGUAAACCCAGUUCACAGAGGUGUGGCUUUCAUAAGGAGCUGUAUUAAGGGGACACUUAGUCUCUAUAACUAUAGUAUAACUAUAGUCCUUCUGGGGGCCAUUUGUUGCUUAAAAAGUAGUAGUUGUCCUGAUGCAUUCAGAAUACCCUACUUACUAAAUUUAAUUACACACAACUUUUGUUUUGUUUCAUUUUUCAAGACAGGGUUUCUCUGUGUAGCCCUAGCUAUCCUGGAACUCACUCUGAAGACCAGGCUGGCCUCAAACUACACACAACUUUUUAAAAAUUUAUUUUUAUUUAAGGGGAGGCAUCUCUAUAUAUACACUAAAAACAGAAGGUAUUAGAUUCCUCUAACCCAUGUAAAUUAUGGUUCUGUCUGGGGUCCUACAUCACUAGAAGUGUUGUUUUAAAAAAUGAAAUGUUCUUCCUCUCCACAUGCAAAUGUCUUUAAUAAGUUUUUGCCAUAAAACCCAAGUGUAAUUUAGCAUACCAUAGUGCUAUGAAAAUGGAUCAUUGAUGAUAUACCAUUUGUAUAUAGAUAAUACACAUGUAAAUCACCAAAUGUUAAGUAUAAGAAAUAUGUUUUUAUCUUAAAAAAAAAAAAACCCUUUCUCAUUCUGUUCUGUUAUAUUAUGUCCAAAAGUUGUGUGCAAUUUUUUUAAGGUCCAGGAAAUGUAAAGAAAUUUGUUGGAAUAUCUGAAUUUCAGUAAAAAAAUAAAAAUAAGAUUUUGUUACUUAAAAAAGAAA